AUGCUUCUCAAAGAGUAUCGCAUAUGUAUGCCUCUAACAGUUGCUGAAUAUAGAAUAGCUCAGUUGUAUAUGAUUCAGAAAAAGUCUCGCGAGGAGAGUACAGGUCGUGGAAGUGGUGUUGAGAUACUAAAAAAUGAACCUUAUGAAGAUGGACCCGGUGGAAAAGGUCAAUAUACAUUCAAAAUCUAUCAUGUGGGCAGCCACUUACCAUCGUGGAUUCGUAAUAUAUUACCGUCAUCUGCUUUACGCGUAGAAGAAGAGGCUUGGAACGCUUAUCCCUAUACUAGAACAAUUUAUAAAGUACCUUUUGUAGAGAAACUAGUACUCGAUGUGGAGACAUAUUUUUUCGAUGAUUCUGGAGAACAAGACGAUGUAUUUAAGCUUUCAGAAGAUGAGAAAAAAGCUCGCAUUGUUGAUUUCAUCGAUAUUGUAAAAGAUUCAGUCACUGGGAACGACUAUAAAGUAGAGGAAGAUCCGACUAUUUAUGCGUCAGCAGCAACCGGUCGUGGGCCACUAUCUCCAAAUUGGCGUGAAGAAUUCACUCGCGCUCAGAAAGUGACUCUUGAAACAUAUGAAAGACCACCAACGCGAACACAUGACAAUGCACCAGCUACUGAAGUUUUGAAACCGUUGCCUAAGCGGAUUAUGUGUGCAUAUAAACUCUGUCGAGUGGAAUUUCGUUAUUGGGGUACUCAAACACGAGUUGAACAAUUUAUUCAUGAUACUGCACUUCGCAAAACUAUGUUAAGAGCACAUCGACAAGUAUGGGCAUGGCAGGAUGAAUGGUACGGGCUUACAAUAGAUGAGAUACGUCGUCUAGAAGAGGAAACAGCUCAAGCAUUAGCAACUAAAAUGGCCAUUUCUGAUCAACUUACAAACACUAAAGAUCAAUUAUCGAAUCAAAUUCCGUCAACAGCGACUACUAGUGCCACCCAAACAAAACCUCAACCUAUUGGAAACUGUGAAUCUGCUGCAGUCUCAACUAAUCCAUCUGAAUCAACAGAAUAUCGUAUUACACAAGAUUCAACUAAUAUUGCAGAAGAAAACUUAUGGGCUGAUUUCAAGAAAUUAGAAGCAAACAAUUUGGAGCUGGAUGAUUUUGAACCGUUUACAGUAACAUUUCCAGAGUCAGAUGAUGAUUCUAAAUCCUUUGUUACAUGUUGCAGUGACAUUACUGGAAAUACUGAUUUCGCCUCAAAUUUUCAAAGUUUUGAUAAUUCUGACUCAAUGUCUUGCUUUAAUCAAAAACCUAUCUCUGGUUCUCCUCCAGUUUCAAGCAAACUAAUACUCAUAUUAGUAGUUCACGGUGGUUGUAUCCUUGAUUCGACAUAUGAUAUGACUACAAAACGUUCAGAUACCUUGACUUUUCGAAAGACAAUUGAAACAGUAACCGCUAAUCACUAUCCAACACUGCAUAAUCGAAUAGCUGUGAAACUUGUACCAUGUCCCACUGAAAUUGGUGAAAUAUUCCGUCUGUUUUCCAGGCUGAAAACUACACCAGAUCUUAAUAGACCUAUUGAAAGUCAAUUUUUACGGGAUAUAAUGCCUUUGGGGAGUAUUCCUUUGUUUCUGAUUAAUUCUCCUGGUUAUCAUCAAAUGUUAGAACAACUGACAUUUAAUCUGAACACCCAUUAUGCUGAAUUUCUGCGUUCUCCUGAAGGAUUCGGUUUUUCAGGGACAGUUUGUAUUGUAGCAGAUAGUGUUGGUUCAAUACUAGCACAUGAUCUCUUAAGCAUGCCAGUUACAAAUCAUUUGACAAUAUCACGUGAUAAUAAUAACAACAGUAAUAACAAUGAUAUUAGUGUAACAGAUAUUGGAGUAAGACGCAGCCGUGAUCAAUUCAACGUGCAAAAACUGAAACUAUCAGAUAAGCAGGUGAAAAGUCCAACCAUAAUAAACAGUCCCAGUGAAGUUACCUUAUGCCCUCCUGAUUCAAAAAUUAUUUCGGAAGGUACUGAAGUAUCACAGUCUGGUGAUCGAGAUCGGGAAUCUGAAUCAUGCAGUCGCAUGUGUGCUUUAGACUUUCAGGUACAAAAUUUCUUCAUGUUGGGUUCACCAGUUGGUCUAAUCUUGGCCUAUCGUCAUCAACAAAAUCAACUGCCAAGUCUAACACCAUGGCAAUUAGCCAACAAUACACCCAAUGCUGUUUACCAUUCUUCACAAGAAUUCAGAUUGAUUGUGGAUCAAGCGUACAAUCUAUUCCAUUUAACUGAUCCAUGUGGUUUCCGUAUUGAACCAUUGUUGGAUAAUCGUUUUAGUCAUAUAUCACCUAUAUUUAUACCACAGUAUAUACGUUAUCCACUUGGUGAUGGUCAGUCCACAAAUCUAAUUGAAACUCUUGUCCAACAAGCUGAAUUAUUCUCUCCAAAUUAUUCAACUAGAUACUUUAAUUUCACCGAAAGUCCUAAUGAUUCAAUAAAUUCUGAGAAUAGUGACAGCAUUUCUCCGGUUAAAUUACAACAACAGAAAGAUCAGAAAUUGAAUUGGGAAAAGAAAACUUUUAUAGCCUUAGAGACUUUAAAGAAAGUACGACAAUCCUGGUGGGGUCCUAAACGAGUUGACUACAGUGUCCAUUGUCCAGAAGCAAUUCAAAAUAUCUUGGCUCGUGCAUUACCUCCAAUUUUACAUGCCAGUUACUGGGAAUCAAAAGAUGUAGCGUCCUUCAUUAUAAGACAGCUUUUAGACACAAUGGGACUUAGUAUUUUAGAGACAGCAUAUUCUGCAGAUAUGGCUGAUGAAAUUGCCGUUACAGAAUUAGCCAAAGUCUCAUUGAAUCCACUGAAGGUAAAAUCACAGACGUAUGAUGUGUCCGAGGAUUCCAGUACCCAGAUUUCUCAACAUUCAGGAAAAUCUAGUAAUCAGUCCAAAUUUUCCAAUUUCAGUCAGUCAUUGUCUUUAGGACCUCGGAAUUUCUUGAAAAGGACAUCAUCUGAAAGGUUAAAGAACUUUAAACCAAAUCAUCGAGCGAAUGAUGUAAUUGCUACAACUGGCACUCCUGCUCUUAUCACAGGUCGAUUUGUCCUCGGUGGAUUGGAUCUAAUGAGUUUUUCUGGUGAAAAAAUUCGCGUAGAAAUCCAGUCUGUCAGUGGAUCUUGGGCGUAUGUAUGCACAGAAGUCACUGAUUCUUCUGGAAGAUUACGAUUUUUCUUACCAGAGCAGCUUCACUUACCUGAUGGACUUUAUCCUAUAAAAAUGACACCUGAAUCGGAUCCUGACCACCCUGUAUUGAUUACUUUGGCGGUAGUACCUCCACAGACUGAAGUUGUUGUCUUCAGUGUAGACGGUAGUUUCGCUGCAAGUUUGUCUCUUAUGGGAAAAGAUCCAAAAGUUUACCCUGGUGCUGUUGAUGUUGCACGCCACUGGCAGGGAUUAGGAUUUUUAUUAAUCUACUUGUCUGCUCGACCAGAUAUGCAAAGACGUCGAGUAACCAGUUGGAUGGCAAAUCAUAAUUUCCCAUUUGGAUUAACUUUCUUUUUAAAUGGUCUAUACACUGAUCCAUUGAAGCAAAAAGCUCAAAUGUUGAAAACGAUUAUUGAAAAUGCCAAAUUACGAAUUCAUUGUGGCUAUGGUUCUGGUAAAGAUAUUAAUCUAUAUCGUUCUCUUGGUUUAUCUACUCAUAAUGUUUUCUUGAUUGGGAAAGUGUCUCGAUCCCAAGCGUCAAAUGGAACUCCAUUGUUAAAUGGAUAUUCAGCGCAUUUAUCUUCGUUAGUGAACGGUCAUCCUUUGUCUAGACCUGCUGUCGGAGCAAUGAGUGUAGCAGUCCGCUGUUGUCCAUUUGACUUACCUUCUGUGUGUCCUUCUUCACCUUUAUUGA